CCCCGCAUUCUGCGCAGCGUUACUCGGUGGCCGAGGCGUGGGUUUCCGGCGGGCUGCAGACAGGCUCUCCCCAUGCUGGGCCGGGGCGGCUGCCGCGCCCUCCUCCCGGCGGUGCUCUCCGUAGUGCUCCGGAACCAGCCGAUCGGGUUCGCCGCCAGGCGGUCCUUGAUCUCUGAGGUUCUACGGCGCAGAAUGAGCCCCACUCUGCCCAAGCCCUCGGGGCUCUACACGAUAAUGGCAGACCCUUGGCAGGAGUGCAUGGAUUUUGCAGUAAUCCUCGCAAGACAAGCUGGAGAGAUGAUUCGUGAAGCUCUAAAACAUGAGGUGGAUGUCAUGAUUAAAAGUUCUCCAGCCGACUUGGUAACAGAGACUGACCAAAAAGUUGAAAACAUGAUCUUCUCUUCUAUAAAGAAGAAGUACCCGUGUCACUGUUUCAUUGGUGAAGAAUCCGUGGCAGCUGGAGAAAAGACAGUCUUCACAGACAAGCCCACGUGGAUCAUUGACCCUAUCGAUGGAACGACUAACUUUGUGCAUCGGUUUCCCUUUGUAGCUGUUUCGAUUGGCUUCGUUGUAAAUAAAGAGAUGGAGUUUGGAAUUGUGUACAGCUGUGUGGAAGAUAAGAUGUACACCGGCAGGAGAGGGAAAGGCGCUUUCUGUAACGGCCAGAAGCUUCAGGUGUCACAGCAGGAAGACAUUACCAAAUCACUCUUGGUGACCGAGUUGGGCUCGUCCAGAAAGCCAGAGACAUUACGGAUUAUUCUGUCCAAUAUGGAAAAGCUUUGCUCCAUUCCCAUCCAUGGAAUCCGGAGUGUUGGGACAGCUGCUGUUAAUAUGUGCCUUGUGGCAACUGGAGGAGCGGAUGCCUAUUAUGAAAUGGGGAUUCACUGCUGGGACAUGGCCGGAGCUGGUAUCAUCGUCACCGAAGCCGGUGGAGUGCUGAUGGAUGUAACAGGUGAACCAUUUGAUCUGAUGUCUCGGAGAAUAAUUGCCGCAAAUAGUAUAGCACUCGCCGAAAGAAUAGCCAAAGAAAUUGAGAUAAUACCUUUACAAAGAGACGACGAAAGUUAGUCACACACAACAGUGUCCAGCUGCUGUCAAACUUGCCGUCCCUGGGAUGUUUAAGAUGUCACUGAUUUAAAUUCAACUUUGAGGUCCUGAUUUUAAAAUGGAACCUUUUUUUAACAGAUGACAUAUUCAAAAUUAGAUGGAAUAUUUGAUUAUUGAAAGAAAAUUUGCAUGUAAUAAUAUUCUUGGGGAAAAUAUACAGGAGGUGUACUUAAAUGAGCCAGUCAUUGAAAUUGUCCCCAGUCCAUAUGAUCCCAUUCAACUUAAUAUACUAUUUAUAUGCACAGUUCUCAAAUUAGAAAGUUUUCUGUUUGUGAGCGGCUUUCUCUGUGUUCCAGAGGCCAUCUUUGAUAGUCUGUAAGGCUGUAACAAGCAGGCUUUCCUGUGUAGAGGGCCUUUGUGUUUUAUUAAUCACUGUAAUUAGCACCUGGCACAGUGUACCUGCCAGACAGUUAGGCAAUCUAAAGUCGACACCUUAACGAGUGCUCGAAGCUGCAGUGCCUGCUUCUAAUGUGUCCUAAUAAGAGAACCAUUCUUGUUCUGAGGUAGGAGUUACCUCACUUGCCUUUUUAUAUUUGAUAUUGCUAUGCUGUUUCACAGGACCAUGCUGCCAGGGACGACUGCUUCCUACUGUCUGUUGUAGGUUCUGCUUAAAGUCCCCCACCCCACCCCACCCCGCCGUGCUAGCGAGAUUUUCACAGAUGUCACCCAUGUACCUGGUGUAGUUAGUAGCAGUGUUACGUUUUACAAAGUGCAGUAUUCACAUUCAGAUCCGUACUCUGGGGUUGGCUGUGCUGACCCGUGUAUAAUGGCGUUAAUGAUGAACUUUUUGAUUUCUUUCCAAACUUGCUGAAUUUCAUCACUGCUAAUUCUAGAUAUUCUGUAAGGUCUUGGGCCUCUCAAACUCAAGAAAAUGUAAUGACUCCUAUUCCUUUGUAAAGGAUUAAUUCAUUGUCUAGCCUUGGCCCUUGGCAUAGGAACAGACUUUUUGUUCUUAAUAUGUUUGAACCUUGCAUUUGAUAAAAUGAAGUGUUUUUGUAAGUUUCAAGCCAGUUAUCUUGUUUUGGGGGUGAUUUAAUAUAUUAAAUCUAUAUACUAUUCGGAUUUGGGCACUCUAAUUACUGUAUUUAUUACUGCUGUUAAUUACAUGCAUUUAAACCGUCACGUACCAUGUAAAUUCUAUUACAAGACAGGUUGCUUUGCAAUUAAAUUUAUUUUAAUUAAGA